UGCUGAUCCCUAGGGGCUCCGUUAAUUGUGACCGUGCGGCCGGGUUCCUUCGCAGGAUGUCAAAGCGCAAAGGCACCGCCUUGGCCCGCGCCCGCCAGCGCCGCCGGCCGGAACGGGCAACCGGCGGCUGGGCGUCUCUCCCCACGGACAUACUCGGCCUCGUCACCGACCUGAUUCUCGACGCCGCGGACUACGUCGCCUUCCGCGCCGUCUGAUCCGGCUGGCGCGCCAGCACGCCCACGCCGCGCGAGCGCGAUCCGGCCCUGCGCGACCCGCGCCUCUGGCCCCGGGACUGGGUGGCGCUCUGCGACGGCGACGCGGUCCGCCCAGAGGACGCGCGAGAGAUCGCCCUGCUCCACACGCGCACGGGCAGGUGCGUCCGCGUCCGCAUUCCGGGCCUAUGGGGCUACCGGAUCGUCGGCUUCAGCGACGGCCUCCUCGUCCUCCUGCGCAAGAGCACCACCGCCGUCCGCGUGCUCCACCCCUUGACGCUCGUCGCCGUCGACUUCCCGUCCCUCGCAAGUCGCAACCGUGUACCACGAGGAGGUCGAUGACAUGGCCUCUCUCCGGGGCAUGAAGGCUACCGUAUGCAGCCACAGGGAUCCGACAACGAGCUCGAUCGCGGUCGUGGUCCGGUUCCCCUACGGAAAUGUCGUAGUCGCCGCUGAGGCCGGCUCGGACCAUUGGGAGGUUCUCCAGCGCCGCCACGGGAAGCUCUCUAUCCGGAACACCUUGCCCUUCCAAGGGAGGCUCUACGCCACCACUUUACACCCGCCGUCACCGGAGAUCCUGCAGCUGUACCCUCCCGGACCAACAAUCGAUAACAUGGUCGCCACGGUGCCGGGCGCCGUGCGCUAUUCGCGCUACCGUGACACCCUCCACCUUGUGGAGUCCGCCGGACGGAUGCUGCUCGUCGUCCGGCAUGUCAUGGCUCGAGUAACCUUCGCGAUCUACUCGGUGGACUUCGACGACGUCGACAACAAUGGCGGCCGCCCGACGCUGACGCCGGUGAGCUGCCUCGGCGACCGCGCGCUAUUUCUCGGCGGAGACGUAUGCCUGUCCGUCUCGGCAAGGGACCUCCCUUCACUGAGCAGCAACUCCAUCUACUUCUCCACGCCCUUCUACCCUCUUCAAGUGCGCUCAGUGGUGGCCGACGACCCCGGCCGUUGGAGGCGGUCCGAGGAGUUGACGACGCAAUGCCAGAUACACGACAGGAAGGAGAGGACCCGACCCUGGCCUCGGUGCGCCCCUUCACCAUUGCCCAUCAUCUCCUCACCUUCUGCCACCCUCGUGAGUGGACCAAAGGGCUCAUGUUCCACGAGUACCAUGUCAUACCUGAAUCUUUCAAGGAGCUGCGGAAGAUCAGGGCAAAAGACUCGCAGCUGCGGGUUCCACUCGUCCCCAGCAAUAUCAAAAGUACUCAUCUAUAUGGACAUGAUUGAAUAAUGCGACUCGAGAAUCCUCUGCCUCUUGCUCUGGAACUGGAACGGGCUACCAGUACCACCACAUACCAGCUCUGGUGAAGCAACCCUGGCCAGAGCCAACCUCGCAG